AUAUUCACACACGGUAAAAACAGUUCUCUCUAUCUUCCUUCUCUCUCGCAUCAUCAACUCAGUCUCUCUCUCUCUCUUCUCUGCCAACAAUGGUUGGGUUUCUCUCGACUUAUGGUUUCUGCAUCAAAAUCGAUCCAUCAUCACGUCAUUCAUUCUAUCUCCAUUAUCGAUUCAUCAUUCUCUCUUACCCUCCUCUUACCAUCAUUCAUCUGAAUCAGGGAACGCACACUCAUUGACUCGCACGGAUUUCUUCACUCUCAUCGCUGAGAAGUUGAUGUUCAUGUAGCUAAUUCGAGACGAAACUAAGAUUAGCACAAUCCAUGAUUUGUGAGUUAUCUGAAGUGAUCGAAAGAAUUUGCAUUCCAGUCUCACCGAUAGAGAGAGAGAGAGGGAGGUAAGAAGGAAUUGAUACUCGGUCUAUAAUAUCGAUAUAUUUGUGUUCAUUUAGUUAUUUUAUCGAACAGUUGGUGCUCGAGAGAACUUUGUGGUUUUGUAUGUUAAUGGAGAAAUUCAAGCUAGAAAUGGAGUGAUGUUGGGGGAAGUCAGAAGAAGAUUUACUCUCACCUUGUUCUCUGUUACUCUUCGUACCCAUUUCAAUUCAAAAUGUCUUAAUCCAAUCCAAUUUAACUUGAGCCCCCCUUCUUACUCUACUGGAAUUGUUACAGGCCCUUUGAGAUCUCCUGGGUUCACAAUCUUUCUUUCAUCAUUUACUUCCUCAGUCUUCAAAAAUCGAAAUGUUGAUGGUGACAAUAGUGAAAACAGUGAAUUUGAUGAUGAUGAUGACAACCCAGAUGGACAACUUGGUUUCCGAGAUCAGGGUCUUGCCCCAAAUGUAGCAACCAUUUUGGAUAUUUUACAGGACCCAGGAAGCAAUAGACCUCAAGUGAAAAACAAGCUCGAGCAGUGUAAUGUCACUGCCUCAUCGGAUUUAGUUGUGGAGGUUCUUUCUCGGGUGCGCAAUGACUGGGAAUCAGCAUUCACUUUCUUUCUCUGGGCUGCAAAACAGCCGAAUUAUGCACCUUCAUUGCGUGAAUACCACUCGAUGAUUUCAAUUCUCGCAAAAAUGAGAAAGUUUGACACUGCUUGGGCCUUGGUUGAUGAAAUGAGGGGUGGUAGGACUGAUCAAUCUCUUGUGACUCCUCAGACGUUGUUGAUCUUGAUUAGGAGAUACUGUGCUGUACAUGAGGUUGGGAAGGCUAUAAACACUUUCUAUGCUCAUAAACUGUUCAAAUUUGAUGUUGGGAUGGAGGAAUUCCACAACCUUCUUUCCGCCCUAUGUAGGUACAAAAAUGUGAAAGAUGCGGAGCAUAUGCUCUUCUGCAACGAAAAUGUUUUCCCAAUUAAUACCAAGAGCUUUAACAUUAUUCUCAAUGGAUGGUGUAACAUUAUCUGUAGUCCACGUGAGGCAAAGAGAAUCUGGAGGGAGAUGAAUGACAGAGGUGUUGCACACGAUGUCAUAUCGUAUUCAAGUAUCAUUUCUUGCUAUUCAAAAUCCAGUAACCUCCAUGAGGUGCUUAAGCUUUUCAACAAGAUGAAGGCACUUGAUAUUGCUCCUGAUAGGAAAGUUUACAAUGCAGUCAUUCACGCUCUUGCUAAAGGCAGGCAUGUGAAGGAUGCUUGCAAUCUCUUGAAAACAAUGGAAGAAAAGGGUAUUGCUCUGAAUGUUGUGACUUAUAACUCACUUAUCAAGCCUCUCUGCAGGGCCCGCCAAGUAGAUGAAGCCCGAGAGGUCUUCCAUGAGAUGUUACAGCGUGGUCUAUCCCCUACCAUUCGUACUUACCAUGCCUUCUUUCGUAUUCUAAGAACUGGAGAAGAAGUGUUUGGACUCUUGGAAAAGAUGACUAAGAUGGGCUGUCAUCCAAACAAUGAUACUUGCAUCAUGUUGAUUAGAAAGUUUUGUCGAUGGCGGCAACUCAAUAAUGUCCUCAAGCUGUGGAGUGAGAUGAGCAAGUAUGGCGGCCCUGACCGAAGCUCAUACAUUGCAUUGAUACAUGGGCUCUUUUUGAAUGGAAAGUUGGAGGAAGCAUAUAAAUAUAACGAAGAAAUGAAAGAAAAGAAGUUUUUGCCGGAACCAAAGUUAGAUGAGAUGCUUCAGACUUGGAAGUCAGGUAAACAAAUUGCAAACUAUGAGGUGAUAGAUUCAAAAGACAAUCAAGUGGAUCUGAGUCAGUCAGGCAAUGAAAGCAGGGGGACCUCCAGGAAGGUGCUGAGGAAUCGUUAUUUUCUACGACAACCUGAAACUAGAAAUUUUGUGAGAGAGCGGGGAUUUUCUUUAUGGAAGCACUAGCUUUGCAACGUUGAUGAUAAAUCUUAUUGUUUCUAUAAUCAUGACUGGCUACUGCUCGCAAAUUAUUGACUUCAAGUGGUCCUGAUGACUCUAUACAGGUGCAUGACUUUUUGUUUAUUAAUCAUGUUUACUACAGGACUCCUGCCAUUUGUUCCUACUGUUACAAAUGAUGUUAUCUGUAUUGAAUCAAAUAACAUUUUGUGAAAUCUGAAAAUCGAUUUACAAUGCUCUCUUGAUUUUA